CCGUUCAGUACUCAGUACUCAGACGCGCGAGCCCAGAGAAGAUGAACGCGCCACCAGCAUUCGAGUCGUUUUUGUUGUUCGAGGGAGAGAAAAAAAUUACAAUAACAAAGGAUACCAAGGUACCAAAUGCCUGUUUGUUUACUUUGAACAAAGAAGACCACACGCUGGGAAACAUCAUUAGAUCACAGUUGCUCAAAGAUCCUCAGGUGCUGUUUGCUGGGUACAAGGUGCCACAUCCACUGGAACACAAGAUUGUGAUUCGUGUGCAGACGACACCAGACUACAGUCCACAGGAAGCCUUUACAAAUGCCAUUACUGAUCUUAUCAGUGAACUGUCACUGCUGGAAGAGAGGUUCAGAGUUGCCAUCAAAGACAAGCAGGAGGGCAUUGAGUGAAACAAACCUGUAUCAAACUGUGGAUGUCCUCGGAUUUAGUAAAUCAACCUCAGAAUGAAGUCGUGUAAAGUUCAACUGUUCACCGGGACAUUGAACUGACAGUGAGCUCAACAGUGUCUCCUGUAGGUAACUGCUUUGGCUGCAGCUGAACCUUUUUUUCCUGUCCAAGACUAUAUUACAUCUUAGGAUGCCAGAAACACUUCCUUGAACAAAUUAUUUAAUUUGGGUUGUUAACACCAUUUUGAUUAAAGUUCUUUAUGUACAGUGGUA